AUGGGUAACGGAAUAACUGUCAGUAAAAAACAAUUACCCGGUGUACCCCAACCGCCAGGCGCACGAAAAAUCGUCGUCAUUCCUUAUCAGAAAUGGAUUUACUAUGACGCACGUCGUUUCGGUCAUUUCAAUCAAUUCAGUACGGAUACUGGUUGUGAAAUAAAUUCAAAUAAUAAUAAUAAUUCAACGUCCUCCGUUCUCCCGUCACUCUCUUCAAGUUCGUUUUCUACUCCGACAUCACUUGUUUCGCCUUCAUCGUCUUUGACCAAUGAUUUUAUCGUUCAAAGCAAAGCACAAAUAAUAUCCGCUUCUGUUCCGUCAUCUUUAUCGUUUUCAAGCAAUAAAUCCAACAUUCGUCAUAAUAAUCAGUCCGCUUCGGCCUUAGUUGGCUCGGCGAUGACUCUGUCAAGUUCCUCGUCAACUGUAACAUGUUCAUCCGGUACGCUAUCGAAUGAUCUUGAUGCACGUCGUUUACACCCCAAACCAGUAUAUUAUGUCAAUGGACGGUUUUUCAAGAAUCUGACACGUCUCGGUGAUGCACAAUUUAUCUUGAGCGAGCACGGCGAAGACGAUGUUGUUUUGACUGUUCCAUCUAAUAUUGAACGCUAUCGGACAAACGAUAAUGCUAUACGUGAUCGUAUACAUCGCUUAAAUCGUGUUAUUGCUUGCUGUGACGAAUUCAUUGUCUUUCAAUUAUGGAAAGGAAACAAUGAAGUUGAAAUAUUCAUUUUUGAUCGACCUGUGCCUACCGAAUCGAUAGAAAUGAAACCGCCAACAAAAUGUAAAUGUUUUCAUCGACAAUCCCAGCGACCUAAUUCAUCGCCGCUUCCUCAUCCGAUUUCGACUUCAACAACACCGAUCUCAACUAAUCAAGCAAAUACUCGUGUGACAGUACCAAAUAAACAUAGUUCCCUCAUGCAAACAGUUGCAUUAAAUGCCUAUCAUCCCAGUGAACCACAACGUUCUCCACUCAAGUCCUGUUCGUUAUUAAAUGAAACUGAAAACCGUUCGGAUGUACAGAACGACGCAUAUGAAUUUGUUGAUACGACUAAAAAAGCAUCGUAUCUGACUGGCUCAGCAAGAUGUACACUGGUAACUGCGACCGCUGUCGUUGCUGCUAAUCAUACUAACGCUAACACUAACCUAACAUCGACUGCGUCGAGGACUCGAUUUGGAAAAUCGACGAGUCGUUCAAAUACGGCUAGUACACGUUCAUAUUCGAUAUCGAACACGAAUGAAUUAGUAAACAAUAAACAUCCACCAAAUUAUCUUGUACAUGCUUCUAAACAUCGUUCAACACCCUACCUAUCAUCCAUGUCUUCAUCAACGUGUUGUUGUAUGGACGAUGGAGAUUCUGUUUUACUUCCAUCAUCGUCACCACCCACAUUUUCCCUAACAACAUCCUUGUCCCCCUCGUCAUCCACUUGGAACAGUCGAAUCGUUCGUAAGCUCAAUUCAAUUGCACAUCGUUUCAAUGCACGAUCCUAUUCAUGUCUAAUAUCACCUGAUCGAACGAAAUUGUUAAUCACGCCCGACUAUGAAGAUAAACAUUCAUAUAGCCAUCAAACCCAUGAAGUGACUGUCAUUUUCGAUAUCAAAACGUAUGCAAUACUUCGCAUAACGCCAGCUCGUUAUGAUCAACGAUUUGCAUUUGAUCCACGUUACGGUCAUUCGCGUCUAGCAGAAUUCGAUACAGUUCGUGGCCAAAUAACUGAUAUAAAAAAGGAUCGUGUCCUUGUUUGCUCAAAUCAUACGUUAAAAACUAAAGUGUACCGAGUCGAAUACACACGCGAUGGACAUCUGAUUAUUGUUCUAUGCACUCUUCCGAUAUUUCAGCGUGUUAAACGGAAUUACUUUCUCUAUAUUCUCAAUUCUUCAACUUUAUUACACACACGAAGCAUCAUUGAUUAUCGUGGUCCAUUUUUCUCUCCAUUUGUGUUUACUAAUGAAUUUUCACUUUUGUUUAAUAUCUAUCCAUCAUUAUCAAAUUGUGGUUCGACGUUAGCCGUCUUGAAAAAUAUCGAACCAUUGUCAAAUGUUCGCCUCAUCGAAGUCUANGGAGGAGAAAAGUUGUUUCGUGAAGCACAUUCGGCUAAACAUCGUGCGUAUUGUCCAUACUCAAAAUUUCGAGUAGGAGCAGCUCUGUUAACCACGUCAGGUAAGAUCUACUCGGGAUGUAAUGUGGAGAAUGCGUCAUAUCCGCUGUCAACAUGUGCAGAACGAACUGCAAUAGUUAAAGCAGUUUCAGAAGGUGAAGCUAAUUUUCAAGCCAUCGCCAUCACCUCUGAUGUUGAUGCUGGUUAUUGUGGUCCAUGUGGCGCCUGUCGGCAGACAAUCGCAGAAUUCGGUCUGGAUAUUGAUGUUUACCUACUCAAUCCACAAAAUGAAUGCAAAAUGUUUAAAUUUCGUGAAUUAUUACCGUUUGCUUUUACACCACGUGAUCUUCAAAAAACUCGCGCAACACAUGAUAUUAUUGACUGA